AUGGCGAGCGGGGCACCAGCAAGUUCUGCUACGACAUCGAGUUCAUCACCGACGUCUGCGAGUACGACAACGAGUAGCAGUAGCUCUACAACUUCAUCUACGACUUCCAGCACUACCAGCAACACCUCUAAUACUUCUUCCUCGACGUCGGCAUCGAACACCGCAUCGUCAGCGCAAUCCAGUGGUUCAAGUUUAGGUUCGGGAUCUAGUAGCGGGACGUCUAGUGCGACGAAGACUAGUAGCUCGACAACGUCAACAUCGACGCUUACAGCGUCUUUAACAACCGCUGUAGCUACUACCGUCGUAGGGACAUCUGCUGAUGGCCAGGUAUACACCACCGUUAUCCAGACAUCUACCGUCUUACCCCCAGGAGCCACCGUCACUUCUUCGUCCUCCUCAGACUCCGGGUCAUCUUCAUCAUCAGACUCGCACACAGGAGCGAUAGUUGGGGGUGCCGUCGGUGGUGGAGCAGCGCUGAUAAUCGUUUUGGUGUUGGUUGGAAUGUGGUGGAAGAGGUAUAAACAAAAACAGAGAUCUUUAGAGGCGUUUGAUGGGAACUUUGAUCCGGAUAGGAUUGUGACUGAGGGGAAAGCGAUGAAGGGUGAGCCGAAAGGGAUGAGGGGACGAGGAGCGACGUUGCCGAAUGUUGGGGACGAUGAUGAUGGAAUGGGUGGAAGGUUGGCUGGCUCGGCACUGGGUGCUGGUGUCGUCGCACCGUAUCCUCUGUAUCACCCAACAAACGCAAACGCAAUACCUCCUGAAAUGUCGACACAACAACAACAAAACUCCAAUCCAUCUUCAACAUCCCUCGGGUAUUCACGUCCCAGUACACAUACCCGAUCACCAAGUUUGGGUUUAUCCAGUUCAGGUGUACCUGCGUCGGUGUAUGCCGCUGCUUACGGUGACAACGGCCCACCGCCUACUCAACCUCAAGGCUCCAAUGCACCGUACGGUUUCGGCGUCGGCGAACGUCUACCGAAUCCCUAUACCCAAAACCCCAAUCAACCCAAUCCAGCAUCCAACUCCGGGUCUACUUCCACACACACCACGCACACUGGAGCCGGGCAAGGAUACGGUCGAUUCAAUGUCGCUAAUCCAGAUCCAGGCGCUGGUGCUGGCGCUUCGUCUUCAUCUGCAGCAGGUCCCGAAGGUCUAUUCGUCGGUGGGUUCACCCCCGGUGCCCGUGGUGAAAACAAAUCCGCUGCCGGGCCUGCGUUUGGUGGGAGGAGCAGAGAUGUGUUGGUGCAUCAGGACGGAGGGAGGGUUGAUGUUCCCAGGGGUGAGGGAGAAGGAGAGGGUCCAGAUGAGAUUCCUCCCACAUAUGACAGUUUGCUGCCAGAUAGAAGUGGGAGUGGGCCUCCUCAACGAGGUGGGAAGCGAUGA